AUGUCUUCAUUUUCAAAUCCAGACUCGCAAGCGCGCGUAUCAACACGAUUAUCACUCCGAUGGCUCCCAGACCCUCCCAUAGAGACAACAGACACGCUCGUUCUAAACAUUGGAGAAUGGUACGUCGACCUCCGCGUCGAUAAACAAUCCCGGCAAAUAGACUGGGCACUCGCCGGCCAAUAUCUCCAGCAAAACACCCAACAAAUGCCAAACAAAGAAAAAACAGCAUACAUAGUCUUCACACACGACAUCGACUCCCACCACAAUUUCAACAUCAGCGCCCCCUGCGCCUUCAUCCAACAGCCCAACGGCGACGACCUGGAGACCGGAGCCAUGGCGCGUCCUGGUAUCCCAGGGGAACCGAUGACGGACUACGAAGAGCUCUGGCGGUAUUUACCCCCGCGUCAGGGUCCGGGGAGGUAUUGUACCUCGUAUAUCCUCGAAGCCGAUGAUGGUGUACUAGGGGAUGGUCUUCAUGAACUGAACAAAGUCUUCAUUGCGCUUAUCGGUGGGCGGUAUCUCGUUCUGCAUCAGAAUGUGACUCAGGAGCGUCGGAUGGUAUCGAGGGGGAAGUGGACUGUCCGGAUUACUGGGGGAGAUGUGAGUGCGCGACGCGAGGAGUGUGUUGAUGGACGGUGGGAGGCGCGGUAUGUCUUGGGUCCUAGAGGGAGUGAACUGCCGUCGAUGAAUGGAGAGAUUGGGAACCUGGGUUACGAUUCUGGGCUUCGUCCUGGGGAUAAGGUUACUGUUGGAGGGUGUCGGUAUAUUGUGCGAGCGUAUGAAGCCUUGAAAAGCCUGGAUAGAAGCUCGCGUAUUUGA